GAAUUUCAACAUUUCUCCUUCAGCUUAUUGUCGCGCCAGCUCCAGCUCCAGCCACCGCCCACGUCGACGUCGUGAAUCCAGGACGUCAAUUGUCUGGAUACGUCUUGAAGCUUGCCUCUCGUCCGAUUUUCGACCUUCGUUCUUUCUGCAGCUCCUUCAAAAUGUUCGCCGCGGUGCUGAGACGGCGCGCCCUGCAAUCCUCGCUCUCCUUCCAAUUCGCAAGAUGCUAUGCCUCGAAACCCUUCCCACCCCACACGGUGGUCACAAUGCCUGCUCUAUCGCCGACAAUGACAGCAGGAAAUAUUGGGACGUGGCAGAAGAAGGUUGGGGAUGCGAUUUCACCCGGUGAUGUCCUGGUUGAGAUUGAGACGGACAAAGCUCAAAUGGACUUCGAGUUUCAAGAAGAGGGUGUCCUGGCAAAGAUUCUGCGGGAUUCGGGGGAGAAGGAUGUUGCAGUUGGCAAUCCUAUCGCAGUUAUGAUUGAGGAGGGUGAGGAUGCGGCGGCUUUUGACUCUUUCACAAUUGAGGAUGCUGGUGGAGAGAAGAAGGCUCCCCUACCACCGAAAGAGGAAGCCAGCGAGUCUUCUGAGCCAGCAGACACGGAAUCCGGAACAGCUCCUCCCAAAUCCGAGACAUCAGCCCCCGAACCCAUUGAAGAACCCUCAAGCGGUGGCAGACUCCAAUCAGCUUUAGACCGAAUCCCAAAUGCCAGCGCUGCUGCAGUUAGACUGGCUAUUGAGAAUGGUAUCAAGAUUACUGGCCUCAAGGGCACCGGAACUGGCGGACAAAUCACGGAGGCUGAUGUUAAGAAGGCUCAAUCUAGCAGCGCGUCAGCAGCUCCAGGUGCUCCAACGGCAGUAUCAUCAUACACCGACACUCCUACCACCUCUAUGCGAAAGACGAUUGCCAACCGCCUUACCGAAUCAUUUACCCAAAACCCUCAUUACUUCGUUGCUGCCACCGUUUCCGUGUCCAAGCUCCUGAAGCUCCGACAAGCUCUCAACGCCUCCGCAGACGGAAAAUACAAGCUCUCAGUUAACGACUUUCUCAUCAAGGCCUGCGCCAUUGCAUGCAAGAAAGUCCCCACCGUCAACUCAAGCUGGAGAGACGGUUUCAUCCGACAAUUCAAUAACGUCGAUAUCAGUGUCGCAGUUGCAACACCUGUUGGUCUCAUGACACCUAUCGUCAAGAACGUUGAAGGUCUUGGUCUCGAAUCCAUUUCCGCACAAGUUAAAGAUCUCGGCAAGCGCGCAAGGGACGGCAAGCUCAAGCCAGAAGAAUACCAAGGCGGAACCUUCACCAUCUCUAACAUGGGCAUGAACCCCGCCAUCGACCGCUUCACUGCCGUGAUCAACCCGCCACAAGCCGGUAUCCUUGCCGUCGGCACAACGAAGAAGGUCGCGAUCCCCGUUGAGUCAGAAGAGGGGGCAUCGAUAGACUGGGAUGAUCAGAUAGUUGUUACGGCUAGCUUUGAUCAUAAGGUUGUGGAUGGUGCUGUGGGUGGCGAGUGGAUCCGGGAGUUUAAGAAGGUGGUGGAGAAUCCGUUGGAGUUGUUGCUUUAAGUGGAUGAGGUGCGCGUGAGGGGGAGGGGGAAAUGUGGUGCUUGUAAUCGGAUGGCAUAGAUUCCCCAUGUAACCUGUACAAUGACCACUUCUGCAUUAUUUGCAAAUAAAAAGAAUCUUGUUGCUCCUUUUUUUGCUCCCGUUCAGGAUGUGAAGUAUCGUGUGUUCACGAGCUUCAAUGUUGCUGGAGACUGGUUGGGAGAGUAAAGAUUCGAGAAGGCCAAAACUUUUGUGUAUAUCGAAUCAAUGUUCCCAAAACCCUG